UGCACGUCACCAAAGACGCCGAGGGGCAAACUCUCUACUCCCAAUCCCAAUCUCUCGGCAAUACGACUCGUGAACGACUCCGGUUCUCCAGUUUCCAUUUUAAAGCCAACCCACGGAAUAGAUUCUCCAACAGAGGGAUUUGGUACGUGGGUUAUACUUGUGCAUUCUUACCUUGAUCGUCGAUUCAACUGUGAUACGGUCCGGGCUUGUAGCGCCAUGCCUACCAAAUCGGCGACCCCUCGGAAACAACCAAAGCAAUCCAAACUCAACUUCAAGCCUGCGCAAGCUACCAGCACGAUACAUAACGGGAAAAAGAACUCUACAAGCUCAAACGGAAACAUAUUGAAUUUCUUCAGCAAGGUGGAAGUUGAAGAACAGCUAUUCCUGUCGGAGUCCUCUACUGUAGUUCCUACACAGCCCAGGUCACCUACAUUCGUAAAGAAUGAAGAUAUAUAUGGCACCGAGAACUGCGCCCAGAAUUCCUCAUAUGAAGACAGCCAGAAACCUUUUAAGCGACGUAAAAUCAACCACGAUGAUGGGAAUACCCUGCAAGCCGCCGGUGUGGAAGUGUCUAUUAAAGGGGAAGAGGAGGCUAUAAAUGAAGAUGAAUUAGUACAAGUGCCUGUCCGACCAGAGCCAGCAAAACCGCGACGAGCGAGGGGUCCAUUCCUGGACGACUCGGAUAGCGAAGACGAUGUAGCCGAACGAACUCUAAAGAUCACUUUGCCAACACAUCCCUCCUCACCCACAGAGAAGCCGGGUGUUUCUGUGCCAUCAGCGCCGAAUCUACCCGUCGAUGAAAGUUGCCCUGACCCGGAUGAUGGAUCCAAUAUGCAGAGGUAUGAGUCUUGUGAUGGCCAAUUUGAGGAUCUUGAAGAUUUGGAAGGUCUCUUUGGUAACGACUACGACGACGAAUUCGCUAAUGAUGGAGAAGAGUAUCGUGAACGACGAUUCAUGGAAGAGCAGGCGAGACUCGAGGCUGAGGAACCAGGAGACUACAUGGCGCAGGCUUGCCCUAUUUGCAAUGCAACUUUAGACGGUAUCACACCAGACGAGGCGACUGUUCACGUCAAUGCUUGCCUUGAUGGCAAUCCACUUCCUACACCAGCUACAACCUCUUCUUCACCUUUAGGGGAUGGUAAAGUGGGCGCUCCCCAAAUGAGUAAACGUUUUGCCAAAGCUGCUGUUCCUCGACCGGGUCAGGUUAAUCCCAUCAACCUUGGAAGCAGCACGAACAAUCCAACGUCUGCUUUUAGCAAGCUAAUGUCCGGUCAUGCAGAAGACUCUGCCUGGGCUUCUGCCGCGGCAGCUGAACAUGCCUCCAGAGGCAAGCCGGCGUAUCAAAGAACAUGCCCAUUCUAUAAGAUAAUGCCGGGAUUUUUUAUAUGUGUGGAUGCCUUCCGAUAUGGUGCUGUUCAGGGAUGUAACGCCUAUUUCCUCAGCCAUUUUCACAGCGACCACUACAUAGGUUUGACGGCGAAUUGGACUCAUGGCCCUAUCUACUGUAGCAAAGUGACAGGCAGUCUUGUCAAAAACCAGCUGCGAACGGCUUCAAAAUACAUAAAGGAACUUAAAUUUGAGGAGACGAUAGAAGUGCCGGGAACAGGGGGUGUGACUGUCACUAUGGUGCCAGCAAAUCACUGCCCAGGAAGCUCUCUCUUUCUAUUUGAGAAAAAAAUAGGGAAGGGUUCAAAUCCAAGAAUUCAACGAAUACUACACUGUGGCGACUUUCGAGCCUGUCCGGCACAUGUUGCACAUCCCUUACUAAAGCCUGACCUUGUGGAUACAAUAUCAGGGAAACUCAAGCAGCAAAAAAUCGAUAUUUGUUAUUUAGACACCACGUACCUCAAUCCUCGGUACUCAUUUCCCCCACAAAACGAUGUCAUUGAAGCCUGUGCAGAAUUUUGCAAGGCAUUAUCAGGGGAUCCAAGUACAGCAGACGAGGCAUUCAAUGGGCUUAAACGUGAGAAGGGUAGCACAACAGUUAACUCAUUCUUUACUAAAGAGAAUGGUGAUGCAUUGUCAUUAACAAUUAAGUGCUCGGACUCUGAUAGCGAAACUCGAAGCGAUCUCAAGAACAGGCUUCUCGUAAUUUGCGGCACCUACUCGAUAGGAAAGGAACGUAUUUGCAAAGCGAUUGCGCAAGCGCUCAAUACCAAGAUCUUCGCCUCCCCAUCUAAGAUCAAGAUCUGUUCACAGCUGGGUGACCCAGAGCUUACAGCACUGAUGACCUCCAAUCCUUAUGAGGCGCAAGUUCAUAUGCAGAUGAUAAUGGAGAUUCGUGCCGAGACACUUCAGGACUACCUAGACUCAUAUAAGCCGCAUUUCACACGUAUCGUCGGAUUUCGACCGUCUGGGUGGAACUUCCGCUCCCCUACCGCUACUGCGAAGAACGUCCCUGUAAACACAUCUCCCGGCUCCGUCCCUACGACGUCUAUAUUGCAUAGUGAUGCGUGGAGGACGCGGUUUAGAAGCAGCGAUUUUGUUGCCCAGCGUGGAAGCACGCGCGAGGCCAUGUGCUUUGGCGUCCCAUAUUCCGAACAUUCAAGCUUUCGCGAGCUCGCCCUCUUCCUCAUGACUCUACGUAUCGAAAAGGUUGUCCCAACCGUGAAUAUAGGGAGUGAAGUUAGUAGGAAGCGUAUGAAGUCAUGGACCGAUCGCUGGCUGAGCGAGAGAAGAAAAGGAGGCAUCGUGAAAGUUCUCGAUGACGACGAGGAAAAUCUUAGUGAAAAGCGAAAACAGCUUAUAGAAAGCAAGAAUAAUAUGGAACACGGAAAGCCUAGGCUUUGGGACGGCAAGGAUGGGAAGGGAGGAGGUGUGUAUUGGUAACUACUAUUUCCCCAGGGCGACUAGUCUAUAUAUAUAGCGGGCGAUCAAUAGCAUUUGGAUGGGAUAAGUAAUAGCGCUGGGCCUGA